AUGUCAAAAGACACUGUUUCGCAUCUCGAUGAUGCAAGUAAUGCCUCCGCUGUCGAGGAGGACAUGGCCAAGGCUGAAUACCUUGUUGAUGCUGAAGGCUAUAAAGGAAUUCUUAAGGACCACCCCAUCAACAACUUGUCUAAGCCCAGAAUUCGUUUGUUCUGUACAUGCUUUAUCAUUUAUUUGUGCUCUACCAUGAACGGAUUCGAUGGAAGUUUGAUGACCUCCAUUAACACUAUGGAUGAGUAUAUCGAUUAUUUCAAUCUUUCUGGUUCUUCUGCCAGUACUGGUAUCAUUUUCUCCAUCUAUCAAAUCGGUCAGAUUGUUGCUACUAUCUUCAUUUGGCUCGCCGAUUACAUUGGACGUGUUAGGACUAUCUUCGCCGGUACUUUGAUUGUUUGUGUUGGUGCUAUUUGCUCUGCUACUUGCCACGAAAUUUCAGUCUUCAUCGGCUCUCGAUUCCUUUUGUCCUUUGGAUGUGGUCUUGCAACGGCUGUGUGUCCAAUGUACCUAGUUGAGAUCUGCCCUCCUGAGUUCCGUAGUACUUUGUGUGCUCUCUACAACUCUCUAUACUAUAUUGGAUCCAUUAUUUGUACGUGGUCUAUCUACGGCACUUCCAUCAACUAUAAGGGAAGCGCAUCGAGUUUUAAGAUCCCAUUAUGGUUACAGUUGCUUUGCCCUGGUAUCGUCACAGUGACCGUCCUAUUUUUGGCCCCUGAAUCUCCAAGAUAUCUCUUCCUCAAGGGUAAACCAGAAAAGGCCCGUGAAUUCUUUUGCAAGUAUCAUGCCGAUGGUGAUGAUUCUCAUCCUUUAGUUGAGUAUGAAAUGUCGCAGAUCGAAGAAUCCUUCUUGGAGGUUCCUAAAUUUAGUAUCAAAGAUUACUUUGACUUCCCUAAGCUUUUCAGCUCCAGGACAAGAACAUACAGAAGUUUGUUGGUUAUUGCAUGGUCUUGGUUUGGACAGUUCUCAGGUAAUGCUGUGGUGGGUUACUAUAUCACAACCAUUUUCUUGAAUCUUGGUAUCAAGAAUGCAACUACCCGUUUACUUUUGAAUGGUAUCAACUCCAUCUUGGGUUAUGUUUUUGCUACUGCCGGUUCUCUUGUUGUUGACCGUAUUGGUAGACGUCCAAUGAUGUUAUAUUCCACAAGUGGUUUCGUUCUUUGCUUUGCUGUUAUUGCCGGUACCAUGGCUGCAUACAUGAACAACAAUAAUUUGCAGGCUGGUAGAGCUGGUAUUGCCUUCAUCUACAUUUUCAACAAUGUGUUCUUCUCGUUUGGUUAUACCCCUCUUCAACCUUUGUACCCUGCUGAGGUGUUGAGUAGUGAGAUGAGAGCUAGAGGUAUGGCUUUAUUCCAGUUGACUCAAGGUGUCUCCUCGUUUGUCAACACAUUCUCUGCUCCAACUGCCAUGGCAAAUAUCACAUACUGGUACUACGUUUUCUACGUCUUCUGGGAUCUUAUCGAACUUGUUAUCAUUUACUUCUACUUCGUUGAGACUAAACAGUUGACUUUGGAGGAGAUUGAAGCUCUUUUCAAGGAUCCUAAACCUGUUAAGAGAAGUAUCGAGGUUGCCAAAGAACGUUCUGCAGAAAAUAAGAGAAGAAGAAAGGAAGAUAAGGAACUAAAGGCCCUUGAUAAUUCUGCUGCAGCUACGGCCGCCGUCUAA